AUGUCUAAUGCUGCACGAGCGCAAGAACUGAAAGCCGAGGGGAACACACUGUUUGGUCAAGGCGAGUAUACCACUGCGUCCGCGAAGUACGCAGAGGCCCUUCAGCAUGACGACCAAAGUGCGAUCCUGUAUGCCAAUCGCGCGGCUUGCUCGUUGCAUUUGCGCAACCACACUGACUGGAGUCGCCUGUUUGUCCAGGCUGUAGAGCUGGAUCCGGGGUACGCGAAAGGCUGGGGACGUUUGGCCGCUGCAUGCGAUGUGCGUCUCCAGUACGAGAAGAGCGCGAUAUGCUGGAGGAGGGCAUUGGCCGCCUUGCCUCAACGGGAUCUCACCGCCGCAGAAUUGAAACAGAAGGAGCAGUGCGAAGCCGGUGAGAAAGAUGCGCUCACCAAAUUGGCUAAAGCUACCGGCAUACUUGUCGACGGCGAUUCUAUGAAAGGCAAGUGGCCGUGGGAUCGUGUCGCAGCGAUGGAAGACGAAUUGCAGGCUGGUUACCCCAAGAAUGCUGACAGUAGCACGCGUAUGACCCCCGCCGGACUACAAUGGGGCGGGUGCGAUGGCGUGAGCCUCCCCGAUUCUAUGUCAUCCGCAUUGGCUGACAGGGUUCAGGUUUUGGCCAGUCUCACGGACGCGAUUCUCACUGAUGUGCGGAUCUUUCGCAUAGAAGGACCGCAAUGGUUGGAGAUGUACAAUAAACAAGCGAAGUUAGAAGCGAUGAAAACAGGCGCAUGGCCCAGCUUCUCUGUGGAAAGGAUACAAGCAGAGGCAGUGAAGCGGCAACAGCAAGAAGGCUGGGAGGCCGCUCGUAAUGCCGUUGAUGUCACUGUCCGUAUAUGGAUUAUGCAGGGGUUCAUCGCCAGCAAUACGAACAUGAAUACGCAAGUAGCCCUCCAGCACUUCAACGCAACGUUGGAAUUGCUCAAUUGGGGACGGACGGCGUCGUGGAGGAAUGCUUCAGCGCGAGACAGAGGAGAUAUCUUCGAAGACUACUUCGUGAGGCUUGAUCCGUGCCGCAUGUCUUUAUUGUCUGACGCGCGCCUUGCCCCUCAGGAUUGUCGAGAUCCGCCCCAUCCCGAAGCCGCUCUGCAGGCCUUGUAUGAAGAGGCACAGAGUAUGGUUCGCGAGAUACCAAAGCCCGAGGCAGUAGUGCUUAUUGACAGAGAACGUGGACCUGGCUUUGUAUCGGCUUUUGGCAUGUAUUUGAGGGGUCACGCACUCACCAUGGUCGGGUUCUACCAUCAGAAGAUGGCUAGUCGAUGCUCAAAGCAAGACAAGCAUGGGGCAGCGAGGAAGCACUAUCUCGAGGCGUCUCGGGCUUACGAGGAAGCAGCCACACUGUUUCCACAGGACGAAGAGAAGCGUGUAUGGUUCCUACAUGUUGCGUUCAACAUGCUACGGAUGUGCGGCUGUCCAUUCAAGUCUGUUCUGCGUGUGACGGAACAAAUUCGCGUGGCUUUGCCCUAUACCAAGAGGGUUUGGGAAUUCUCGCAGGCCGCGACACAAGGUGGAGACAACGGUUUGGAAGAGGUUCUGAAGCUAGAGCGACAGAUAGAGAAGGAUCUGGCGGACGGCAAAAUCACCUUGGAGGAUGAUAUGCUUCAAGUUCCAGACUAUGCAAUGUCCUCGUGA